AUGGCUGCAGCACACCUGAGAAGACAGGAAGUAGAGCCUCUUUCGCCACGUUCGACCAACAUUCAGUACAAGGCACGGCCACAGAAGCAAACAUCUAUGAAGGAAGACAUACAGGAAACAAGCGAUGAGGAAGCCAAGAAAGCCGAAGCAGCAAGAAGGGCGGCAAAGGAAAAAGAAUAUGCACCACCACCUCCAGAUUGGGUCAUACAACCUCCAGUUGCAAAGGAUGGGCUGAUAGAGAAAUACCGGACUGGAAGGUUGCUGGGAAAAGGUGGCUUUGCAUUGGCAUAUGAGGGAGGAUUGCGAAGUAAGGAUAGUCCUUUGAACAAACAUGUGUUUGCCCUCAAGGUUGUCCGGUCGAGAAUGAGCCAGAAAAAAAUGGAAGAGAAGUUUCGGACAGAGCUUCAAAUACACGCCAAAAUGUCGCACCCAAACAUUGUCGAAUUUCAUCGCGCAUUUACCUACCAAGACUGCACAUAUGUCGUCCUUGAAAUGUGUCCCAAUGGCUCAGUGAUGGACAUGGUCAAAAAGCGCAAGUUCCUGACCUUGCCGGAGGUACGACGAUUGACCGUCCAGCUCUGCGGUGCAAUCAAAUAUAUGCAUGCCAGAAGUGUGAUCCAUCGGGAUCUCAAGAUGGGCAAUCUCUUCCUAGAUCAUGAUAUGAAUUUGAAGAUUGGUGACUUCGGUCUGGCGGCCGUCUUGGUGAGCAAAGACGAGUAUGAGGGGAUUUUUGACUACGCCAAAUCACGAAGAACAACGCUCUGUGGGACACCGAACUAUAUUGCCCCGGAGAUCUUGGAAAAAGGGAAAGGUGGACAUGACCAUAAGGUUGACAUCUGGGCAAUUGGAGUGAUUUUGUAG